CGCGAAAGAUGUGAUUCAUAGUAGACAGGAAGGUUGUUGGGGCAUUUGUGAGGCCGAAAGGCAUCACAAGGAACUCGUAAUGCUUGAAGCGAGAGCGGAAGGCAGUCUUAUGAGUAUCCUCUUCGCGUAUGCGGAUCUGGUGGAAGCCACUUUGGAGGUCGAUCUUUGUGAAGUACUUGGCUCCACGGAGGCGAUCAAGAAGCUCGGAGAUGCGAGGGAUGGGGUAUUUGUUCUUGAUCGUGAUCCGGUUGAGGGCGAGGUAGUCUGUGCACAUGUGGAGUUCGGUGGUUCCACCUUUCUUGACGAAGAGGCAACUUGUACUGAAGGGGGAGGAACUUGGCUUAAUGAAUCCUUUUUCAAGAAGGAGUUCGUUUAGGCAAAGAAGGCGAUAGUGUUGAAGGGCAUGAGUGAGGAGGUCGGUGAGGGACAUGGGUGGCUCGUAGGCGAGGGCGGAUGCGAUGUCCUUGCGGCAGACCCGCUUGAAGCGGGAAAUGAAGACGUUGUCGCUGAUUUGGUUGUGGGGAAUGUUUUGGCGGAGAGUACGGACAUAUUGGACGAAGCGGUCGGUGGGGCUGUUUUGGCGAAGCCUCCGAAACUGGUCGACGUAGUCGCCGAUUUUCUUUCGCGGGCGGUAGUGGAAGAAGUGGAGGGUGGGAUGGUGUUGCUGGAGGAUGGGGUGGUCGAUGAUGACGAAGGAGGAGAGGCUGAGGGAGGAGUGGUGGUGGGGGUCGGAGUGGAGGAGGUGGUCGGUCCGGAUGUGGAAGGGGGUGGAGUUGUGGUGACCACUGUGAUGACCGGAGCUCGUCGCUCGAAGGCGGUCAUGCGAUCGGAGAGAGCGGAGAUAGUUGUUUGCAUGUCGGUGAGAGAUGUUCGAACGGUUGUUUGUACGGUGGAGAGCAUGUGGAGGAUGCCCGAGAGGAGGCAGCAGAAGGCAGAACGUCAGCGGCUGGCCAAUGAGGCGGCAGCCCAAACUCAGCGCACUGCUGAGGCUGACGCAGCGGCUCGGGACAAACGGAAUGCCGCCAGCACAGAGUCCCUGAUUCAAAAUGAGAAUCAGUGGACAAUGCUACUCCAAGGCAUGAUCUUUGUGCCUACGGACGCGCAGGCGGAUCCGACACCGGCGGAGGCAGAGAGGAGUAACCUGGCUAACUUGAUGUUGCACAUGAUGAGGGGAGUGAUGUGGAAUAACACACUGCUGCAGGCACACCUGCUCACGGAACAACAGCACAGACAGAAGCAGCAGCAAGACACUGCCGCUUUAACAGCUGCCGUCCGCGCCGCAGCAACACAGCAGCAGCAACAGCAUCAGCUGUUGAACUCCACUCUCGCACGCAUCAACAACAUUGAGGCUAAGGCCUCAGCAGCGCCAGGCUGCACGACAGACACGGCGAAGCAGCUCGGGGAGCGCAUCGACCAUGUCAUCACUAUUAUUGGCGAACUAGGUGAUUUCGCUAGUCCGGCCACGAUCAGCAGCACGGCGGCCGCCGUCAAGACGGACAUCACCAAACUGCAGACGAGACCGGACGCCACUCCAAGGACAUACAAGAUGCCGCACUUCAACAUCAGCAAGUUUGACGACUACAACAAGACGGACGCCUUGACAUGGUGGCAAAGCUUCCUCACCGAAGCAUCCUGCCGCACUAUACCGACCGAAGACAUGAUGAAAGCGCUCUACCUCCAACUUAUUGGAGGAGCACAGGCAUGGAUGAACCAUCUCGCGGCCAAUCAGAAAUGCACCAUCGCCGAACUCCACACGCACAUUUCGUGGAAGGAGUUCGAGCAACUGUGGUUCACUCGAUUCAUGGUCCGCAACGUUGUAAAGGCGGGCCAUGAACGAGGUCUACACCAGCUCACAAGGAAACAUGCCAACUCGAGACUGGACGAUCCAGUGGCAGAAGAUAGUAACCACUCCAGGCUUCGACUUGAGAUUCGCGACGCCAUAGCUCGGAAUGACGUCGAGGAGAUGGGCCUUGUUUUCUUACAUGCCCUCCCCUCGCCGGACGGACCAGCCGCGUCACCCCCGGACCCACGUAUUACCCACCUCUUAGACGGAUAUGGAGACGUCUUUGAGGCUCCCACCGGAACGGUUCCGGAUCAGCCCAUACGUCACGGGAUCACUCUCGAGGCUGGUGUCGUCCCUUCGCGUGGAUGCAUUUACCGCAUGAGCGAAGAGGAACUCGAGGUGCUUCGCGCACAACUCGAUGACCUUCUCGACAAGGGUUGGAUUCGCCCUAGUUGUUCGCCAUACGGUGCGCCCGUUCUCUUCGUCCGGAAGCAGAACAAGGACCUACGGCUGUGCAUAGACUAUCGAAAACUUAACGCACAAACCGUUAAGAACGUCGGCCCUCUCCCUCGGAUUGAUGAUCUCCUUGAGCGGUGGCGGCGUGACGUACUUCUCGAAGUUUUUUACCACCAGAUUGAAAUCCAGCCUCAAGAUCGGUACAAGACCGACUUCAAAACGCGGUAUGGGCAUUUUGAGUGGGUCGUCAUGCCAUUUGGACUCACCAAUGCCCCGACAACUUUCCAAGCAGCCAUGACAACGGAGUUCCGAGACUUGCUCGAUCGUUCUGUCCUCAUCUACCUCGAUGAUAUCUUGGUCUAUAGUAGGACGUUCGACGAGCACCUCGUACACCUCCAUGUGGUGUUGGAACGUUUGCGAGCAACCAAGUACAAAGCAAACCGCGACAAGUGCGAAUUCGCCAAGCAAGAGCUUGAGUACUUGGGCCAUUAUGUGACGCCGAAAGGCAUUCGUCCCUUAGCGGACAAGAUCCAAGCCAUCGUGGAUUGGCCGAAACCCCGUUGCACGACGGACGUACGCUCUUUCAUGGGUUUGGCUGGAUAUUAUCAGCGCUUCGUCGAGUCUUACUCCAAAGUGGCAGCUCCUUUGUCGAGACUUCAGUCCCUGAAGGUAGGUGAAUCUGCAGCUGUUUCAGUUGAGACUAGUUGUGAUGAUGUGUGUUUGGGGACUGCGCGGGCAGCAUCCUUCUGCUAUGAGGAUCCUGACCCGGAUCAGGACCCGGGGCAGGAUGAGCUCCAGUCUAUUGCUGCCUUCGUCCUUCAUCUGAAGGAACAAAAGAAAAGCAAGACGGAUCUCAUCACGCUUCGGCCACUGAUCAACAGCACCAGGAUCACUGGGCUAUUGGACUGCGGGGCCACCAGGAACUUCAUGUCUUCCAGUGCAGUUAAAAAGCUGCACCUGGGCAUGAAAGUUCAGCAGCUGCAGCAACCGCUGCUGGUGCGAAUUGGAGACUCUACAGUACUCAGCAUCAGGGAGAAGGUCAAGGGCAUCCCGAUGACCUUCGAUGCUGCAGGAAAAGUCAGACACAGUCUGAAUUUUUAUAUCUUCCCUGAGCUUCCCUUUGAUUUGGUGUUCUCCAUGCAGUGGUUGAGGGCAGUCAACCCUAGGAUCGACUGGCAAAUCCCUAGAGUUGAACUACCAGACAGCCAGGGUGUGUAUCAGCCAUGCAUGAUUGCUGCUGAUCAUCACCCUAAGACCUCCUGCUACUGCUUGAGAGCGAGGGAGUUCCAUGCUCUCUCUCGCCAAUACCACCAUGAGCGUCUGUUCAUUGCUUUGGUCAAGCAAACAGAUGCUCCCCCUGUUUCCUGUCCUCCUGAGAUACAGCAGGUGGUAGACCAGUAUGCUGAUCUGAUGCAGGAGCCCUUUGGGUUACCCAACCGGCCAACCAAGCAUCACAUUGAGCUGCUGCCUGGAGCGGUCCCUCCCAGGGGCCGCAACUACAGGAUGUCCCCUGCUGAGCUUGAGGAGCUCAGAAAGCAGGUUGAGACCCUGACCAGCAAGGGCUGGAUCAGACCCAACACUUCUGAAUUCGGUGCACCUAUUCUCCUUGUGCCCAAAGGGAACGGCGAGUUCAGAAUGUGCAUUGACUACAGGGGUCUCAACAAGAUCACUAGGAAGAGUAUUGAGCCACUUCCUAGGAUCGAUGACCUCCUGGACAUGGUGCAAGGCUGCACAGUGUUCAGCAAAGUCGACCUCAAAUCUGGCUACCACCAGAUUGAGAUGGCAGAGGAGGAUGUCUACAAGACAGCCUUCAAGACCAGGUAUGGGACUUAUGAGUUCUUGGCCAUGCCAUUUGGACUUUGCAACGCCCUAGGCACUUUCCAGACAGAGAUGCACCACAUCUUCAGACCUUACCUGGACAAGUUUAUGGUUGUCUACCUGGAUGAUAUCGUGGUAUUCAGCAAAACUGCUAGGGAACAUGCGGAGCACUUGGCUCUUGUUSUUCAGUCGUUACGUGACAGCCAGUACAAGAUCAACAGAGAGAAGUCCUCCUUCGGAGUUCCCUCUGUCAUCUAUCUGGGUCAUGUAAUCUCUAGAGAUGGUCUGGCUCCUGAAGCAACCAAGACUGCUGCUAUUCAGGAGUGGCCUCAACCUCAUACAGUGAGGGAUGUCCGGUCCUUCAUGGGCAUUGUUGAGUUAUCACGUGGCUUCACCAAAGCACUCAAAGCACAGCUCUGUGCCGCACAAUUUCCGAGCAUGCUUCUGCCUUCAUGGUUAUCACGUGGCUUCACCAAAGCACUCAAAGCACAGCUCUGUGCCGCACAAUUUCCGAGCAUGCUUCUGCUCUCAUGGUUGGUCGAUGUUGCAGCAUGUGCAAAGGGCUCAUUUGAAAGACGAUUGGAGCAAUGUCGAGGCCCGUUUACACCUCUUCUAAGAGGGUCAAGACAAUGCUAUUCUUUUGCCCGAAGAUCUCCAGCUGCAGGUGAUAUCUUUACCAGAAAGCCACAUGCUUGGUUGAGAUGAAAACACGGAAAGCUCCAUGUUGUGGGAUGUUGGCAGCCAGGCGCUGCUAUUCAUUCAGCCCGAGAGCGACAUGCUCCUGCUUUUCUGGCAAAUUUGUGCUAGUGCUGACAUUGAGUACUCCACAGCUUUCCUUAGAUGCCAGGCCAUAGGGGACACCAUUAGAUCACUGAGGAGUUCCGGGUUAUGUCGUUAUGCAAAUCUGUUCAGUGGAUGGGAAAGUCGGUGACCUCAGGAGGAGGAUAAAGUCAUGAGAGGAAC